AUGUCUUUAACUCUUGACGGUGAAAGAACAAGUGGAAACGACGUGAGAACGCAAAAUACAAUGGCCUGUAUGGCGGUGGCAAAUAUUGUAAAGAGUUCUCUUGGACCCGUUGGUCUCGACAAGAUGCUGGUGGACAAGGUGGGUGACGUGACAAUUACAAAUGACGGUGCUACCAUUCUUCAGAAACUGGAGGUGGAACACCCGGCUGCCAAGGUCCUUGUUCAACUUGCCGACCUUCAAGAUAAGGAGGUGGGAGAUGGAACUACGAGUGUGGUUAUUUUUGCUGCUGAGCUUCUGAAAAACGGUUUGGAGUUGAUUCGACUUGCCGUGCAUCCAACGCUGAUUAUGAGUGGCUACCGUCUCGCCCUCAAGGAGUGUAUCCGUUUCAUCCGAGAAAACCUUCUCAUUUCGGGUGACCAGAUUACCGAUGCGAUUCUGUUCAACGUAGCGAAGACCACCCUCAGCUCCAAGAUCCUCGGAGCGGAGACCGAGAAGUUCUCCCAAAUGGCCGUUGACGCCGUCAAGGCAGUUCGCACCGAGACUGACGACGGGAAGCACAAAUACCCGAUCGAGAACAUCGGGAUCGUGAAGGCCCACGGCCAGAGCGCGCUGCAGAGCGAGUUAGUGGACGGGAUCGUUCUGUCCGGGAGCCGCGCGUCGCAGCAAAUGCCUCUGCGUGUGGAGAACGCGCACGUGCUGGUGAUCGACUUCCCGCUGCAGCGCCACAAGCUGCAGAUGGGCGUGGAGGUGAAGACGUCGGACUCGGAGGCGCUGGAGCGGAUCAAGCGCGAGGAAAUGGAGAUCACGCGCCGGAAAGUGGAGGUGCUGCUCAGCACGGGCGCGAACGUGAUCGUCUGCGGACACACCAUCGACGAUCUCUGUCUGAAAUACCUCGUGGAGCGCGGGUGCAUCGGAAUCCGUCGCGUCAGCAACGACGAUAUGGUGCGCGUGGCGAAGGCGGUGGGCGGCCAGGUGGUCGUGUCGAUGAGCACGAUCGACGGCGAGGAGGGCGUCGACGCGUCCGCGGUCGGCCAUUGCCAGGUCGUCGAGGAGAAGCGUCUGGGCGACUACGACUUCGUGUUUUUCCGCGGGCUGGCGACGUCGAACGACGCGUCUCUGUCGGUGGUGCUGCGCGGAGCCAACGACAUGAUGCUCGGCGAGAUGGAGCGGUCCUUCCACGACGCGCUCUGCGUGGAGCAGCGCGUGAUGGAGAGCAAGUCGCUGGUGGUGGGCGGCGGAGCCGUGGAGACGGCGCUGUACACGCAUCUGAGCGACUUCGCGUUGUCGCUCUCCACGCACGAGCAGCUCGCCGUCGAGGCGUUCGGCAAGGCGCUGCUGGUCAUCCCCAAGACGCUGGCGGUGAACGCGGCGAAGGACGCGACGGAGCUGAUCGCGCAGCUGUGUGCGCGCCACGCGGGGUGGAAGGAACAUCCCGAGAACCGGUUCGCUGGGUUGGAUUUGGUGGAGGGAGCGGUGGCGAAUAAUUUCGAGCGAGGCGUGCUCGAACCCACCAUGAACAAGGUCAAAUGUCUCAAGUUCGCGACGGAGGCGGCCAUUACGAUCUUGCGGAUUGACGAUAUGAUUAAGAUUAAUCCGCCUCCAGAACCGGAUGCUGGAAACUCGACACCGCGGAUUAUGUAGAGGGU